AUGAAAAUUGAUUUAUUCCUACCGAAAUUUAAAUUAUACGAUUUUGAUGAUCGCAGAAGUGGCGCAUUAGCAAGACUGAUAUUUACUGUUGCAAAUAUUCCUUAUGAAGAUAUCAUAAUUAAUCAUGAAGAACAAUGGGAUGCUUUGAAAAAUGAAACUCCACUUGGAACAUUACCAAUUUUGGAAAUAGAUGGAAUGAAAAUGAAUGGACAAACAGCUAUUUGUCGUCAUUUGGCUUGGAGAUUUGGAUUAUCAGGUCAAAGUGCAGCUUCUGACUUUUUAUUGGAUAUGUUUGCUGAUAUGCUUUUUGAAGCACAAAUCUUAUUUUCCGGAACAAUGACUGAUGUUACUGAAAGAAGAACUAAUUGCUUAACAACUGAUAAUAUGGAAUUGGUAGAAAUCGUACAACGAACUUUAUCAGUUAUUGAAAAGCAGUUGAACACUAAUAAUUCGUCGUAUAUUAUUGGAGAAGAAAUCACGUGGGUCGACCUGAUGAUUUAUACGUUUUUCAACACGAUAAUGGAACAAGGCAAGGAUAUCAUUCUCGACAGGUAUCCACUGACUAAGAAAAUGUACCAGAGGAUUCUGCACACGCUUCAACUGCUACAGAAAUCGCAAAAUUCAUAG